GAAAGAAACAAGUCCCCGUAGCAUAAUUAGUAUACACGUGGCACCUCCAUCUACAGGUGUCCAACCAUUCGCCCGCCACCUUCCUCCGCGAUUGCACCUUAUAACAAUCCUUUUUCCGCCAUACCCAAACCAUAACAUACUUCUGGAACUACAAAUCAAGUUUUCAAGGAGAAACUAAUCAAAAGCUAUCAUCGCAAACAAAGAGAUGGCAGCCAUGUCUGCAAUGAAGAAUGCAAUUCUCAGCCUCUCCAAGUCUUCGGAGAUGGCCCAAUCCAUCCCCUUCCGCCCCACGGUGUCUCGAGUUUGCUUCGCCGCCGCUUCCAAUCACCAACAGGGACGGAACAUGGCCGGCGAGGCCGGCCGGAGAGAAUACAGCCCGUACAACGCCGACGAGAGCGUGGACGAGCCCCGCGAUGAGGUGAGAGAAACCAUGGAUAAGGCCAAGGAGAAGACUCGCGAUAUGAAGGACAGAGCCAAGGAGAGCGCCGACGACGCCGCCGAUUCCGUCAAGGAGAAGGCGCAGCAGAUGAACGACAAAACUAAGGAGAAGCUGGGGCCCAUGGCCGACAAGGCCUCCGAUAUGAGGGACAAGACCGUCGACGCGACGAAGCGGCAGGCGCACGAGGCGACGGAGAAGGUGAAGGGCGCGGCGGAGACGGCGGCGGACAAGACCAAGGAGUACGCGCACGGGGCCAAGGAGACGACCAAGGGCGCCGCCGAGAAGGUGGCGGACGCGGCCAAGGGCGCCUGGGGGGCGGCCAAGGAUACCACGCAGAAGAUCAAGGAGACGGUGGUGGGGAAGUCGGAUGACGACGAUUUGGAUGAUUUUAUCGAGGAUCGCGUCAAGAAGCCGGCGCGGGACACCCGGGAGAAGGUGAUGGAUGAAGAUGUCGUCGAUGCCAGGCGGCGGCGCGCGGACGAGCACGACCGUGAUAAGCUUUGAAGCCUUCUUUUGCUGUAUUUUUCUGCUUAAUGUUCACAAAAAACACAAAUAAUUUCCUUUAAGCAAUCAUGUAUGUUUCUUAUAUAUGCAGAUGUUAAUGCCGUACGUCUACCAAAAAAAAAACUUGCAUUUAAUAUUA